AUGAGGUUUGUUGAGGCUGAAGCCUGCGGCCUUGGAAAGAUAGCAGUGCAUGAUACCCCAUCAUCCCAUUUGCACAACUCCCAUCAUCAGAAACGCAGUCCUGUGGAUCUCAGCUGGCCCACAGUCUGCCCAGUGAUGUCGCAAGAUCCGAAUGAGAAGGAUGCGGCUGCAGAGAGCAGAAAGGCACCACGUGACUUCUGGAAACGAUGGGGUUUCAGCCGCGUUCAUCGUCCAAUUUCUGCUCAGGAUAGCACAGUGGCAUCGACGAAGGAAAGCCAGACAGGCAGCUUCUUGGGGCACGUUUGGAGUCUCAUACCGUUCAUGUCCUUUGCUCGCGCAUCGGAUGCGCAGGAAAUCAGGCAACCACUGCUUGACUUGGGGUUAAGCAAGACUGAUCACACGUUCAAAUUUCAACCAGAGCUCCCGCCGUCGCUUACCAUUCCUCUCUGGGUCUUUGUGAUGGGCUAUCUCUACAGCACUUUCAAAAGAGCUCCAUUCACGGGGCAGCGCCUGUACCGUUCACGUCCCGUACGGCAGUAUCCGUCACGUUUGAUGCCGACUCAGCAAGUGGGUCGAUACAGCGCGACUCGACACUUCCUGUGGAACCUCGUGGCCAUUCCAUCCGUUUGCAUUGUGUGUGCGGCAGCAGCCAUGGCUGCUUUUGAGACGGCAGAGCUGCUGCAAGAGUUGAGUGAGGACGAUGAUGAAGAGGAGACUGCAAAGACCACUGCUUGCACCUUGGACUGGAGGCUGCAUGAAAACGAGCUUGGCCAGGGUAAGGAAGUUGAAUUCCAUCACUUCAGCACCGGAGGCCAUGACUGGAAAAUGGUACUCAAGCUGCGUUCUGGCAACGAGCUCGGCUUCUAUGUCAUGCGAGAUGGAUCUGCGGCACAGAUGCCCUUCACAAUUGAGAUUGCUUCUCAGGACAGUGGUACAGUUCUGGGACGUGAAUCCUUUAAGCAUUGGGAAGGUAUCAUGAUUGAUGGCAAGGGUUGUACUAUUCCGCUAAGCAAGCUGCAGGAUUCUAGGAUCCUCAGAGUCACCGUGACCAGAGACGGGCCUCUCUCAGACUGGAGGGCUCACCUGAAAAGAUUGAAAAGACUUUCAGAGUAG